AUGAGGAAUUUAAAGGAUCUAAAUUUGAAGCGGUGGAGACUGUUAUCUUUUCAUAAUGGAAUGAGUAACUAUCAAGAAUACUUGAGUAAUCAAGGUCAGAUAAGAAUGAACUCCGCGAAAUUUUUCAAGAAGGCAAAUGUGAAAGUAUUCGCAGCUCCUGCUGAGAUUUAUAUGGCCGUUCUUGAAUCAAAGUUUCUCCCUUUCGACGAGCAGGUCAUACAGGAGUAUUCACAAUUGAGUAGAAAAUUGGAUGAGAAUAAUACCAUAGUAACGGUGAGAUUUAAAUACGAUGUCCAGUCGAUUUUUAAGAAAAAUUCUGGCCAUUGUUUUCUACGUACGAUUUAUCCAAGGGAAGACGGUUCCUAUCUGAUAUCGUUUCAGUUCAGUAAGACAAACAUGGUUGAAAUCUUUAUUUCUUCAAUAUUCAUCUUUUUGACUGAUAUUCUAUGUGUUCAGGUUUACAGCUCAACCAGAGGUAUCGAAGGCUUCCAACUUUUAUAUGAACUUUCUCCCUCCGUGAUAUACUGUAAUGGUAAAAUAAAUGUUAUUUCGGUGGUAUCAUGUUAUAUUGCGAUUGAUGGAACGGAAGCAUAUCAAAUUCAUGAUGAUCUCCCAAUGAAUUUUUUAGGAGUGCUUUCUUCUCGUCUCCAAAAUUUUAAUAUGAAGGGGACCUUACCUACUCAUUUUUGGAGUGUCCCAAGUGCAAGCGAUUUUUCCAUUCGAGGUAGGAACUAUCUACAAGAUCGGAAAAAAAUUCCUGCCAAAGAACCAUUCGGAGAACUUAUUGCCGUCGAUUGGUUAUUCGACGACCGAAAAAUAUCUGAUGUCUGUUCACUUCCGCAUGGCACAUUCAAAUCUUCUCUUGAGAAAUAUUGCAAUGCCAAAUCUAUCAUAUUUGCAAUUAAUCUUCAAGUUCCAGCUGGUCCUCGCCACUUUUCUCUUGUCUUUUAUUAUAAGAUUGAAGCGGAAGUGAUGGAGGGAGCUAUGAUUCAAAAUUUUGUCUCCUGUGACGAUAAGUAUCGGAACUCUCGAUUCAAGCUCAUUCCGAAUGUUUCAACGGGCCCCUGGAUUGUGCAGAGCUCAGUCGGACGUAAACCUCUCAUAGUUGGAGGCGCACUGCGGGUGGAAUAUCACAAGGAAGCUCAAUAUUUUGAAGUAGAUAUCGAUAUAGGGAGCAGCGCUAUUGCAUGCAGUAUCGUGAGAUUUUUAUGUGCGUUUGCUUGUGGUAGAUCUAUGUUUUCUUAUAGAAGCUCAGUCAGAAGAGGAAUUACCGGAAAAGUUACUUGGAUCUGUAAGAAUAAUACACUUGGAACCUAA